GGAGCAGAUUUUUUGUCGUCGUCUCCCUCGUCCUCCUCUCCGUGUUGUUGUUCUCGGUGACGCGACGGAGGUGUAGCCUGACGCGGUCUCUUACGUGUCGGUCUGAAUAAAAGUGGAGCUCCGUAGACCCGGGAGUGACGAAGCGAGUCUGUGUUGAGAUUUUGAAUGACCAUGGAGGCUGGCACAGAGGCACAACAGAGUGGUGAAACGGCUGUCUCAGAGUCCGAGGCCCAGCAAAUCACCCUGUCACAGAUGCCCAUAGCAGCAGGCCAUGUGACAACUGGUAGUCCCACAGUCACUGUAGUGCAGCUACCCAACGGUCAAACGGUCCAAGUGCACGGCGUGAUCCAGGCUGCUCAGUCGUCCGUCAUUCAGUCCCCACAGGUCCAGACGGUGCAGAUCUCGGCCGUUGAAAGCGAGGAUUCUCAGGAAUCUGUAGACAGUGUGACGGACUCUCAGAAGAGGAGAGAGAUUCUGUCCAGACGGCCUUCCUAUAGGAAGAUCCUAAACGAUUUAUCGUCCGACUCUCCUGCUGUGGCUCGGAUCGAGGAAGAGAAGUCGGAAGAUGACACCGGUCCUGCCAUCACCACCGUCACCAUGCCCACUCCCAUCUAUCAGACCAGCAGCGGCCAGUACAUUGCCAUAACCCAGGGUGGAGCAAUCCAGCUGGCCAAUAACGGCACCGACGCAGUUCAGGGCCUGCAGACGCUCACGAUGGCCAACGCUGCUGCCCAGCCUGGAGCCACUAUCCUGCAGUACGCUCAGACCAGCGAUGGGCAGCAGAUCCUGGUUCCCAGCAACCAGGUGGUUGUUCAGGCUGCCUCUGGCGACGUCCAGGCUUAUCAAAUCCGCACAGCUCCAACCAACACCAUCACUUCAGGGGUUGUCAUGGCAACCUCACCUGCGAUGGGGACAACUGGAGGUACGGAGGAAGUCACACGCAAACGGGAGGUACGGCUGAUGAAAAACAGAGAGGCGGCCCGGGAAUGUCGUAGGAAGAAGAAGGAGUACGUCAAAUGUUUGGAGAACCGCGUGGCCGUACUGGAGAACCAGAACAAAACUCUCAUCGAGGAACUGAAAGCCCUUAAAGACUUGUAUUGCCACAAAUCUGAGUAGAAUGCAUCUGUUGGAGGGGGCGGAGCUUGUCAGGUUCUCCCUCCUGUCAUGUACAGAGACUCGGCUCAGAGCACCUGAAAGCCACUCCUCUUUUCUACUUUUCUGCUUUCUUUUUAAAAACUGCUCAAGUGACUCAAACAGAACCCCCCCACCCCACCCCACCCCCCACCAACCCAGAUCCACGAUAAAGGGCGAAGCUGCACUCUGGAUGAAUGAGAAGAAAACAGUUUAACGGACUAGAGGGAAGCAUUCCAGCAACUGGUGCUCGGUCUAGCUGAGCGACAUCACCAGCAACACAACGGAGCUCAUUCACCUGGAUAAUCCGGACCUUUAUAAUCCCUCACAAGAAUUAUAUCUGUUACCUAAAGUAACUGUAGUUUGUGUUUUAUCUUUGUUCGGCGCAAAUUAGAUUAUAUGCUUCUAAAAUGCUGCAUUGUUUUAUAUCCGUGUAGUUUUACAAGAAUAAAUCGUGAAAAGAAUGGAUUCCUUGCUAGCUAUAAAAAUGCAAAAACUCUGGAAAUUAUUUGACACAAUCUUUUACGCAGGUUUUUUUUUGCAGCAAAAAGACAAAAAUCAAGACGUGAUUUUGUGAAUCCGAUUUUAUUCCCGUUAUCAUUUUUUUAAAAGGAGUUGGCAUUAAAAAAUGUGAAACGGUUAAUUUUUUUCCAUAAAACAUUUGAGGGAUUGUUGUUUUUAUACUGUAAAUUUUUUUCUUCAAACAAAAACCAAAUUUUUGAGCCUUAACUGUUUUGCUGUGAAAUAACAAAUAUAUCUUUAUAUUUCUAAACAAGCUUCUGAGACACAUGCCAGAUCAUUAAAUCACUCGUUUGGUUUUAUUAGGAAAUAAAAAUGUAAUUCUGUCCAAUUUGUAAAAAGAAAAACAGACGGGAGGUUGUUUUAUCUAAAGAUGUACCUUUUUGAUAAACUAAGCGGCAUGUGCAAUCCCCUUGCAUUUACAAUCCCUGGACAUUUCAGACAACUUAAGUGUUUUACUGCUCAUGUUUUUGAUGUUGGUGAGGAAAGUCUGGUUUUACCCUGAGAGGAUUGUAAAGUGAGACCAAAUCAAAACCAUAAUGAACAAAGUGGAUAUUUCACCAUUUAUAAUGCCAUAUUAAGCAUUUUUAUUACAUGUUGUCAUGUAUGCUUUUUUUAUGUUGCUUUUUGUUAUUUUUGUAUUCAGUUUCUAAAUGUCAACACAAACAUGUAUAUUACAGUGGUUUAUGUUUGAGCUAUACAUUAAGACAUUUUUGGCAGCUGUUAAUAAAUGUGUUUCUGGUA